AUGUCGUGCCUGGUCUGUGAGACCGACGCACACGGUCAACACUUCGGAAUCCGAUGUUGUCGGGCGUGUGCGGCAUUUUUCAGAAGAACCCUCACAAUGAAUCUUAGGUACAAAUGCCGAUUCGAUCGGAAAUGCGAAGUUUCGUUUAACAAAAGAUAUUCCUGCAGAUGUUGUCGAUAUGAAAAAUGUGUACGAGUAGGGAUGCGUAAAGAUAGUGAGUUUUUUAUUCAGUUCUACCCUGACCCUAACACUUUCGAACGACCUAAAAAUAUACUGCCAGCUGCUGACCAAAUUAUCAACACAAGCAUGCUCCCCGUCUCCCCUCUUGCCAAUGCCCACCCUAUUGCAGAUCUCACAUCCCCUGUUUCAGUGGUUCAAAAUAAAUCCGAAGCGGAAAAGGACUCGUCGGGCAAUGAGACCGAUAGCAUAGGACACUCGCCACACUCCUCCUUAGAAUCAUAUACAUAUCGACCGCCCAGUUUUGACAAACAGAUACAGAAUCCCGACCCUCCGCCCUUACUAAUGAACGGGAAUUUUGUGCAAGAAGUGUCAUCAGAAGCCUAUCAACCAAAUGGCGAUUUGCAUCAGCAGCCAAACUUCCCAUUUCACAGAACAGUCAUUGAAGAGGUUGGAAGAGCAGUCAUGCCAGCUCCUCAGCAACAACAGCAUAUGCAAAUGCAACCGCAUAUUCCUUCUCAAUUCGACUACCAUUACACAGAUCUGUUGAGCACUGACGAACACAACAUGCCAUCAUCAUCCACACAACACUACAAUAACGUGGUGCCACAACCGGGGUACAAUAAUCAAGAUUCUGGAAAUCCAAACAUGUUCGCGAUGGCAGCCCAACAAGCCACCCAGGAUCUUCAUGUGAAUGUUCAAAAUGUGUUGACGCCAUCCAUUGAUAACUUGUUUGGACAGCCACCAGAUACAUUUUGUCAACUUCCGGAUAUUCCACUAACGCUGUGCCAACAAGCCUUGUUGGCCUAUCGGGAACAUAACAAGCAGUGGCCGGAUCAGGACAAGAUGAUUGAAAACGUGCCACUCGACAUGGAGAACUUCAUGCGCAAUCACUACAUUGAAAUCGAGCACAUCGCACGAUUCUGCAUGUCCAUCAGGGUAUUCGCGCAGUUGCCAAAGGAUCAAAAGUGGAUUAUCUUCAAGCACUUUUGGACUCGUUUCUACGAAUUGGACCGGUGCUUUGCCACUUGCCAACGUCUCGGAUAUAAUCUGAGUGACGAGCGCGGGCUCACUUUGAAUGGGCAGAUUAUCAACUUUGGAAUCUCUGUGGUGAAGUUGGAGAAUAUCAGUGACAUGGAUGCAACACAAGUGAAGAACUUUUUGAAAGGAAGCAUGGACAAGUUCCGACUAAUCUUCAUCAACCCAUUUAAGAAACUUCAACCCACUGAAUACGAGCUAAUGUACAUGAUGAUGAGCAUUAUGUGGAGCGUUUCUAAUCUCCCGGGAAUCACCGACGCCACACGUGAUAUGUCUGAAAAGGUGGAGCUACGACUUGCAGAGGAUCUACAUACUUAUUAUGCCGAGCAGUACGAUAACAACAAUCCAAACUACGCGGGUAGAAUAACAAGAUUGAGCAGCAUCGCCUCGGCUGUUGAUGAGAUCACUGAACGCAAGAGGGAAGAUAGUCAGGUGUCCAAGACGUUCAACAUCUUUAAGAACGAUUUCUUCUUCAGCGAUCUCACCGAUUUCCCAGUCUAG